AUGGAGGAGGAGGAGGAGGAGAUGCGGGCGGCGGAGGAGGGGCCCAGCACCCCCAAAAUCUACAAGCAGCGGGGUCCCUACAGCGUCCUCAAGACCUUCCCCGGCAAGCGGGCGGCGCUGGCCAGGCGCUACGAGAGAGCCGGCGCGAUGGUGGAGGUGCCCCGGGGGCGCGCAGCGGGGCAGCCCUUCCCGCACGCCGCCGAGCCGCUGCCCUACCCGCCCUUCCCCAACGGGCCCGCACGCCCCGCCGCCGCGCACGGACACCCCCGCACGCCGGCACCGGGCUCCGCGGGCCGCUACGGCCCCUGCCCGCCGGGGGGAGCGGCGGCGGCGGCGGCGGGGCCGGCGGCGGGGGGAGCGGGGGGCGGCGGCGCGGAGCUGAGCGCAGAGAGUCGAAUGAUUCUGGAUGCCUUUGCCCAACAAUGCAGCCGGGUUCUAAGUCUUUUAAAUUGUGGUGGAAAACUACUGGACAACAAUCACUCUCAGUCCAUGAUUUCUUGUAUAAAGCAGGAAAACCCAAAUUAUAGUGAAAGACAAGAGCAAUGUCAGCUUGGGAAAAUGGUCCAUAGUCAGACAUCAGACAUUUUAGACAUAGAGAUGCAGUAUAUGCAAAAGAAACAACAAACCUCAGCCUUUCUGAGAGUUUUUACUGAUUCCCUUCAGAACUAUUUGCUUUCUGGGAGCUUCCCUUCUCAGAACACCUCGUCAGUAAAUGAUUUUAGCCAUUUGGCAGAUGUGGAUCCACUUUCAACCUCUCCAGUGCACACUUUAGGUGGAUGGACAUCUCCAGCAACUUCUGAAUCUCAUGGUCACCCAUCGUCUUCUACGCUUCCAGAGGAGGAAGAGGAGGAAGAGGAAGAAGGCUACUGCCCUCGAUGUCAAGAGCUAGAACAGGAGGUAAUUUCAUUGCAACAAGAAAAUGAGGAGCUUCGCAGAAAACUGGAGAGCAUUCCAGUGCCCUGCCAGACUGUUUUAGAUUAUUUGAAGACUGUACUUCAGCAUCACAACCAACUUCUGGUACCGCAGCCAGCAGACCAUCCGACUGAGGGGAGCAAGCAGUUGCUGAACAACUAUCCUGUCUACAUCACUAGUAAACAGUGGGAUGAGGCUGUAAACUCUUCAAAGAAAGACGGACGGCGACUCCUUCGAUAUCUCAUCAGAUUUGUUUUCACAACCGAUGAGCUUAAGUACUCAUGCGGCCUUGGGAAAAGGAAAAGGUCAGUGCAGUCAGGAGAGACAGGUCCUGAAAGACGUCCUCUGGAUCCCGUAAAAGUAACAUGUCUCAGAGAGUUCAUUAGAAUGCAUUGUACUUCCAACCCUGACUGGUGGAUGCCAUCCGAAGAGCAAAUAAACAAGGUCUUCAGCGACGCAGUAGGACACGCUCGGCAAGGGCGUGCGGUGGGGACUUUCCUUCACAAUGGGAACUCAUACUAUGAAGGGACUGACCAUCCAGGAUCACAGGACGAAGUUUUCAAUAGAGGUAUGCAAGACGGAUCUGGCGAUUGA